AUGAUGCUGCUUCCCGGUGGUCAGGGCGCCCUGGGUGAGGACACCAGGUCUUGGUGUGGAAGCCUGCACCUGCGGCGAGGGGCCAGGAGCCCAGCGGAGGGCACCGCCCAGCUCUGCCUCGGAGAAUCAGGACUGAGUAGUCUCAGGGCGCUGCCACGGGUGAAAGAUCGCCCCGCCCUUCGUGUUUGGGAUCCCAGGGACCCGUUCCAGUUCUGUUGUCAGGGACUGCACGGCCUGUCCGGCUGGUCCUCCGGAGGCCGUGAAUGCAGGUCCCCAGGAGGGAGGGAGCUGGCCCAGGGCCCGCAGCUGGACGGGCUGGACCGGCACCUUUGCUCCACUCUCUUCUCUGAGGUGACCGUGGAAUCCAAGCCAGAAGGCGGGUUGUCUGCGAGGACUUGCUGCUCAGGGCAGGACUGCACGCGGCUCUGCGGGGUCAGUUCCACCUCCACGUGCCUUCGCUGCAGCGUUCCCAACACUGGUGCCAGGGAAACAGGCCCCUUGCAGAUUUCUGAAACUCUGAUUCAGCCAAACACAAAAGCGGAAGUUGUUCUCUGGCUACGCAAGCGCUCGGCUGAUGACAGGGAGGCCGUCUCUGCGGCCGCUCAGCCCGGUUGGCGAGGCCGAGAGAACGCAGAGGUGGAGCCAAGUGCCGGCCCCUCCCGGUGGGCUGCCAGCCCUGCCCCACCUCCGAAACUCACCCCAGCUCUUACGGAAAGAGUUGAGAAACGGCCCGCGUCCCCUGGGACUCUCGUGCCCACGGCCCUCCCAUGUCUGACCCUCACUGAGAGCUUCCGAAACGUCCACUGCCCUAAACGCAGUUAUUUCUGGGGGCCGGGUGAACGCUGUUGGAGGAGGUUGGGAGACCUGAGUGGACCCUCUUCUUCCUGGGGCCUGGCCCUCAUCGGUCACUUAACCUCCCCGACUGGGAUUCCUCUGCAGCAGGAGGUAUAGGUGCCCACCCUCACUGGCAUCCCAGGGGUUUAUGAGCCUCAAAAGACAUAGUAUGUGAGAAGACACUUUGCAAACUCUUGCCCUGAGUCACCUUGGCCUGAUGCUAUGGAGAGCCUGGGGGACUUUGCUAUUCUCAGGAAUUUUCCCAGGAAGAAGAGUUCAAUGCCUACCUGACACUCACUUUUUAAAUUGAAUUUUAAAAGAUGAAAGUAUUAUAUGUUCACCAUAAGUAAUUUUUUAAAAGACGAAAGAAAUUUAAAACAAAUCAAGUGCUUGGAAACCCUCUAUUGACACUAGGCCCCUUUUACACUCUAUGUUCAUCUUGCCAGGUUUUUGUCUGCAUCACUGAAAUCAUUUCAUAUACGCUGAUAUUUCAGUGGUGUUAACACCGGCGCCUUCAUGGUCCCUGAGGGAAGAAUACAGAACAGGUCAGAGCCGGUGCUGCCUUUCACUCCUGAGACAGUCUGGAUGCUCAGAGUUUGUCAGCCUUUCCCGUUCCAAGCUUUUCUUAAUGAACAGGAAAAGAAACGAUUUCUUAAGCCAGUUCAUAGACCUUCAAGAGGCAGAGAGUUGAUACUCUCAUUUGUUAGUGUGUCGGGUGAGCAGGUCUGUUUGAUUCAGCUGCAGCUGAAAUCAUUUACCUUGGCGUUUCUAGAGCAACAUCUUUUCAGUGUCUCUCCCUGACAUCCCCGCAGCUGCUUUCCACCUGCUGUGGAGAAAAGGGUUAACAGGCAGGCCCUGGGCUGGGAGCUCCCAGGAGGGUCCCCGGCCCCCUCGUGGAGGAGAGGGCCUUGCUGCCCCUAAACAUUUGUGCUGGGAGUCUGGAACCUUCACCAGGCACAGGUGCCCACGACCACUCCCAGGAAAAGCCCCAGGCGCUGUGUCUCUGACGGGCUCCCCGGGGAGACAGCACCUCACGGGCGUCACGGCUGGUGGUGGGGAGCUAAGCGUGUCAUGUGAGGGGAGGGGGCUCUGGAAGCUCACACCUGGUCCCCGACUUGUCCCUGCGCCCCUUCCUUUUACCGAUGUUGCUUUGUAUCCUUUCUCUGUCCUGAAUCCAGCUGUGAGCGCGGCUGCUGCUGAGUCCUGGGGGCCCCCUAGUGAAUGUGGGCGUGGUCUUGGGGACGCAGACAAAUAUGCACAACUGACUUUUUAAAGCUCAGGGAGUUGAGUGUUUCAACACUGACAACUCUGUAAUUAGAUCCAUGUUUCUGUCCUCUGUUCAGCAAACUUCAGCCUCAUU